UCCUUUCCUUUCUUCCCAACCAUAUAUACCACACACACAACAUAUCUAAUUCUUGAGAGAGUGCGCGUGUGUGAGAGAUAUGAACGAAGCCGGCAAGAAGCCGAAGGCAGUGGUGGUGGGGGGUAGCAUAGCUGGUCUGUCCUGCGCACACGCGCUCAUCUUAGCAGGGUGGGACGUUGUGGUGCUUGAGAAAUCAUGCGCACCCCCGAGUGGUAGCCCAACAGGUGCUGGACUCGGACUCGACCCCUUGGCUCAGCAACUCAUUGAGUCAUGGCUCGGACCACCCGGCCUUCUGCACAAGGCUUCCAUGCCCCUUACAAUCGAUCAGGACCAAGCUACAGAUAGCGAGAAGAAGAUUAGCUCAACUCUAACAAGAGAUGAGAACUUCAAUUUUAGAGCUGCGCACUGGGCUGAUCUGCAUGGCCUCCUGUCCAAUGCAUUACCACAAGACAUUUUUUGCUGGGGUCACCUAUUUCUCUCUUUCUGCAGUUCUGAUGACAAAACUUGUGUUGAAGUAAAGACCAAAGUUAUUGAAACUGGCAAAAUCAUUAAAAUAGUUGGGAAUUUGCUAGUUGCAGCAGAUGGCUGUCUCUCUUCAAUCCGCAGGAGUUUUCUUCCUGACCUUAAAUUGAGGUACUCGGGUUAUUGUGCAUGGCGAGGGAUUCUUGAUUUUUCAGAUAAUGAUAAUUCAGAAGCCAUUAUGGGCAUCCGCAGGGCAUAUCCCGAUCUUGGUACAUGCUUAUACUUUGACCUUGCUUCUGGAACUCAUUGCGUGCUUUAUGAGCUUUUGAACAAAAGGAUCAAUUGGAUUUGGUAUGUUAAUCAACCUGAACCAGAACUAAAGGGGAAUUCAGUGACCAUGAAAGUGAGCAGUGACAUGAUUGAGAAGAUGCAUGAAGAAGCGGAGAAGGUUUGGGUUCCAGAAUUGGCGAGAGUCAUGAAAGAAACGAAGGAACCUUUCAUAAAUGUCAUAUAUGAUUGUGAUCCUCUAGAACAACUUUUUUGGGACAACGUGGUUUUGAUAGGAGAUGCAGCUCACCCCACAACCCCUCACGGCGUGAGAAGCACAAACAUGUCAAUAGUCGACGCAGCGGUUCUUGGUGAAUGCCUCAAGAAGUGGGGUGUAGCAAAUUUACAUUCAGCUCUCACUGAGUAUCAGUCUAUUCGGCUUCCAGUCGUUUCGAAGCAAGUCCUACAUUCACGGAGGGUGGGUCGCAUCAAACAAGGUUUGAUCCUUCCUGAUCGAAAGCCUUUUGAUCCGCAAACAGCAACUCCUGAGGAUUGCCAAGAGCUUCAACAGAAAAACAUGCCUUUCUUUGCUGACGUUCGCUCAGUAGUCGAUCUGCAUUUGCCAUUUCCAAUGGAGCAUACUUGUUGGCAACCAGCUUUAGGAGCAUUGUUCAUUUACAACAUUCAGUAAGGUGCUUGUAUAAAAUUACUUGUGUAUGUCUUAUAAUUGUUCUUGAAUAAAAUUCAUGUACUAUUAUUAAUCCAAAUCUAGAAUGACUGAUUUAGGAGAAUAUAAGAAUUUCAGUUUUCACAUUCUGAAGAAGCAGAUUAGCUGCCAUGGUGUUGGACAUAUAUGGAAAUGGAAUAAAUUAUUGGAUUUUGCAGGCA